AUGAGGUUUGUCCAAUAUAUUCCGACUGGAAUUCCAAACGAAGAUGGUGAGUUCCCGGGAAGGAACUAUACAGUUGGAAAAGUCAUACAACAACUGUAUGAUAUUAGGAAAGCUUCAAACCCCAAACUUGCAAUGACACUCAAAUUGCUUAUGAAUUCGACAUGGGGAUAUUCCAUUAAAAAACCUCAAGAGAUGAAGAGUAAACAUUAUGAGAAGGUCGACAACUUUGUUGAAAGGUUUUCUCCUUUUGUUUUGAAGUACGAAUUCACUCAAGGUCAAAGUGGCUUAGUAACCACAUUAAAACCUAUUGUCGAACAUUGGUCUUACCCUCAGUUCGCAAAGGCAGUCCUUGACAACUACAACAAAUUCUUCUCUGAGGUCAAAUCCAAAGUGAAGGUUUACUAUGAGAACAUUGACGCACUCAUGACGAACGAAGAAGGAUACAACAAACUCAUUGAAAUGGGAAUGGUCGGUGAAAAGAUGGGCUGUUUUAAGCUAGAUAAGGUAUUUUCCGAAGUUCAUGUCCUCUCCAAGCGUAAGUACUGGGGCAUACUUGAAGAUGGCACAGAAAUAAAACAUUGCAUGAAAUAA